AUGCGUGGCCUCUCCUCAAAGGAGUCCGACUACUCGGAUAUGAACAUCCCACUCACCGCCGCCGACGACCACUACGCUUUUGAAGGCUCCAACAACUCACUCUCGUCCCAUUCUCGCUACCCCCCAGACUCACCCUCCUACUCCUCCCCUAACCCCAGCCAACCACCCAGCAACAACAGCAGUCAGAGCAGGCAGUCCCCCGGUGCCUUUUCUAAGUUCCUUUCCAACUUUACCGGACCCUCUACCGCCAACCAGGGAGGCAUCCGCACCAUCUACCUCAAUAACACUGAGCGAAACGCACAAGCAAAAUACCUCCACAACCGCAUCUCCACCUCAAAGUACAACUACUUUACAUUCCUCCCAAAGUUCCUCUACGAACAGUUCUCCAAAUACGCCAACAUCUUUUUCUUGUUCACCGCCUGCAUUCAGCAAAUCGAUGGUGUCUCUCCAACAUCAAGAUACACGACAGCAGUGCCAUUGGUACUCGUCUUGUUCGCAACAGCCGUCAAGGAAGUCAUGGAGGACUUUAAACGACAUGCCUCUGACAGCGAGACCAACGCCAGGCACUCCAAGGUUCUGCAGGGCAGCACUUUUGUGCCACGCGCCUGGCAUUCGAUCAAGGUCGGAGAUAUUGUCCGUGUCGAGGGAGGCGAGUCCUUCCCUGCCGAUCUGGUUCUGUUGAGUUCAUCCGAGCCCGAAGGAAUGUGUUACAUCGAGACAAGUAACUUGGACGGAGAGACCAACUUGAAGAUCAAACAGGCAUUGCCAGAGACAGUUCACCUUAUCACACCUCUGGAGGCAUCGAACUUGGGAGGACUCAUUCGCUCGGAACAGCCUAACAACAGUCUGUACACCUUCGAAGGAACUCUGCUGAUGAACACCGCCCAGGGCAACCCCAAGGAGCUCCCCUUGGACCCAAUUCAAGUCUUGCUUCGUGGUGCUCAACUUCGUAACACCCGUUGGAUCUACGGUGUGGUCGUCUUUACAGGACACGAGUCCAAGCUCAUGCGAAACGCCUCAGCAACACCCAUCAAGCGUACCUCUGUCGAAAAGAUGACCAACGUUCAAAUCAUCUUCCUGUUCUGUAUCCUGCUGGCAAUGUCUCUCGCCUCAGCUGUCGGCAACAUGGUCAUCACCAACAAGAACCUUGAACAACUCUCCUACCUCGAACUCCCACACUCGUCCUGGGGAGACUUUGGUCGUAACAUCCUCACCUUCUUGAUUCUGUACAACAACCUGAUCCCCAUCUCUUUGAUGGUCACCAUGGAGGUCGUCAAGUUCUGGCAGGCGCAAUUGAUCAACUCGGACCUGGACAUGUACUACGAAAAAACCGACACCCCAGCACUUGCCCGUACCUCGUCUCUCGUCGAGGAACUCGGACAAAUCGAGUACAUCUUUUCGGACAAGACAGGAACACUGACCUGUAACGAGAUGGAGUUCCGUCAGUGCUCUAUUGCAGGACUUGCCUAUGCUGAUAUGGUUGAGGAAGGAAAGCAGGCACGCAUCGAGGAUGGAGUUGAGGUCGGUAUCCACGACUUCAAGCAAUUGGACGCCAACCUGCGCAGCCACCCUACCAGCAAUGUCAUCGAUGAGUUCUUAACUCUUCUCGCUGUCUGCCACACUGUCAUUCCUGAACGUCAAGAGGGAAACCCCUCAGAAAUCGUUUACCAGGCUUCGUCUCCCGAUGAGGGUGCACUUGUUUCUGGCGCUGCUCUAAUGGGAUACCAAUUCACCACGCGACGACCCCGCUCUGUCAACAUUCAAGUUGGACCUCAUGACCUGGAGUACGAAAUUUUGAACGUUUGCGAGUUCAACUCGACCCGUAAGCGUAUGUCAACCAUUGUUCGCGGUCCCGACAGGAAGAUUAAGCUGUACUGCAAGGGAGCCGAUACCGUCAUUUUGGAGCGCUUGGGAUCGGAGAAUGAGUUUGUUGACACCACCAUGCAGCAUUUGGAGGAUUAUGCCACUGAGGGUCUCCGUACUCUGUGUGUCGCCAUGAGAGAGAUCCCCGAGGCGGAAUACCAGCACUGGUGCCAGAUCUAUGAGCGUGCUUCCACCACCAUCCAAAACCGUGGUGACGAGUUGGACAAGGCUGCCGAGUUGAUUGAGAAGAACCUGUUCCUGUUGGGUGCCACCGCUAUUGAGGACAAGCUUCAAGACGGAGUCCCCGAGACUAUUCACACUCUUCAGCAAGCCGGUAUCAAAGUCUGGGUCUUGACUGGAGAUCGUCAAGAAACCGCCAUCAACAUUGGAUACUCCUGCAAGUUGAUUCAGGAAGACAUGUCUUUGAUUAUCUGUAACGAGCAGACACACUGGGAGACCAAGGAGUUUUUGGAAAACAAGGUCAAGGCGAUCAAGUCGACUUACCAACGAGGCGACGAAAUCGAACCCCUGGCUCUUAUUAUCGACGGAAAGACUCUCGGCUUUGCUCUGGAGAAGGAUGUCGAAAAGGUCUUUUUGGAACUGGCUGUCCUCUGCAAGGCUGUUGUCUGCUGCCGUGUGUCUCCCCUGCAGAAGGCUUUGGUCGUCAAGCUCGUCAAGCGCAACCUGAAGGCUAUCUUACUCGCUAUCGGUGAUGGCGCCAAUGAUGUUUCGAUGAUUCAGGCUGCUCACGUCGGUGUCGGUAUUUCGGGAUUGGAGGGUCUCCAGGCUGCUCGCAGUGCCGAUUUCGCCAUCUCGCAGUUCCGUUUCUUGAAGAAGCUGCUUUUGGUCCACGGUGCAUGGAGUUACCAGCGUCUUAGUAAGCUGAUUCUUUUCAGUUUCUACAAAAACAUUUGUCUGUAUACCACCCAGUUCUGGUACGCCUUCUACAACGGCUUCUCCGGUCAGACCGUCUACGAAUCCUGGACCAUCUCCCUGUACAACGUUGCCUUGACGGUCCUGCCUCCUUUGUCUCUCGGUAUUUUCGACCAGUAUGUCAGCGCCAGGAUGUUGGACCGCUACCCUCAGAUGUAUAUGCUCGGUCAGAAGAGCGAGUUCUUCAACGUCAAGACUUUCUGGGGAUGGGCUUCCAAUGCCAUCUUCCACUCUGUUGUCCUUUUCUUUGCCGUUUCCUUCAUAUUCCGCAACGAUUUGAUCAUGGUUGACGGUACUAUUGGUGGCGCAUGGAUCAUGAGUGUCACUCUUUACACUGCUGUCUUGGCCACCGUUCUCUGGAAGGCCGCUUUGAUUACCGAUCUCUGGACCAAGUAUGCCUACAUCUCAGUUCCUGGAUCGAUGCUCUUCUGGAUGGGCUUCUUCCCUAUCUUUGCGAUUGUUGGUGCCAAGAUUGGUUUAACCCCCGAGUACUAUGGAAUCGCUGGACCCCUUUAUGGCCAGCCAGUGUUCUGGUUGACCAUCAUUCUUUUGCCUUUGGCCUGCGUCCUCCGUGAUUAUGCCUUCAAAUACAUGAAGCGCACAUUCUUCCCAAGGACAUACCACUAUGUGCAGGAGAUUCAGAAGCUCAACAUCCCCGACUACCGCCCUCGCAUGGAACGUUUCCGAAAGGCAGUCCACAAGGUCCGCAACAUUCAGCGUCUGCGUCGCAACCGUGGAUUUGCCUUUUCUCAGAACGAAGCCGGCACUGCGCGUUUGAUUCGUGCAUACGAUACCACUGCCCAGAAGCCCUUGGGUUAA